CUACUCCGUCAACCACAGGCAGAAGUGCUGUACAGGGAAAGGGAGGGCUGACGGCGAGGCAAAGUGGGGAGAGAAGAGAGGAAGAACUCGGGGCCUGCCCACAUCUUUUCAUGCGAAGAAACCGCACUGUUAAAAACUCCGCGGUCUUGAGUUAGAUAGCGGAGUGUGAUUGAAGCACGUCUAUCGGUGUCCCAGCACGUCUUUUCCACCACGGAGGCAGUAAUGGGUGACAGCAGAGAUUCCCGCAGCCCAGACAGCUCCUCUGUGUCCUCCCCUCCCUCGGGCCAGCGCUCACCCCCCCUGACCCCCACAGCUGCCGCCAUGACGUCUCUGCCGCCCAUCACCUCGGCCGUCAACAGCCCCAUCAGCAGCAUGGGCUCGCCCUUCUCCGUCAUCAGCUCCUCCCUGGGGUCGCCAUGUCUGCCCGGGACACCCUCGGUGGGCUACGGCCCCAUCAGCAGCCCCCAGAUCAAUAUGUAUACCAGGAGUGCAGAGAUCAACUCCACAGUGUCCAUGUCGGGCCUCCAUGCGGUCAGCAGCUCGGACGACGUGAAGCCUCCGUUCGGGCUGGGGGGCCACAGCCCAGGGGGCCCCAUGCUCUCCCAAAAGCGCCUGUGUGCCAUCUGUGGUGACCGCUCCUCCGGUAAGCACUACGGGGUACACAGCUGCGAGGGCUGCAAGGGUUUCUUCAAGCGCACGGUGCGCAAGGACCUGAGCUACACCUGCCGGGACAACAAGGACUGCCUGGUGGACAAGCGCCAGCGCAACCGCUGCCAAUACUGCCGCUACCAGAAGUGCCUGGCCUGUGGCAUGAAGAGGGAAGUGGUCCAAGAUGAACGACAGAGAUCCGUGCAGGAAGAGCGCCAGAGGAACAAGGAGCGGGAGAGCGAGGUGGAGUCGACCAGCGCUGUCAACGAGGAGAUGCCCGUGGAAAAGAUCCUGGAGGCCGAGAUGGCCGUGGAGCAGAAGACUGAGCUGCAUGCCGACGGGAGCUCCGGGGGCAGCUCGCCUAACGACCCAGUCACCAAUAUCUGCCAGGCUGCAGACAAGCAGCUGUUUACCCUAGUGGAGUGGGCAAAGAGGAUCCCCCACUUCUCUGAGCUGGCCCUGGACGACCAGGUCAUCCUGCUACGUGCCGGUUGGAACGAGCUGCUGAUCGCUUCCUUCUCUCACCGCUCUAUCAGCGUGAAGGACGGCAUCCUAUUGGCCACCGGCCUGCACGUGCACAGGAACAGUGCCCACAGCGCUGGCGUGGGAGCCAUCUUCGACAGGGAGAGUGCGCACAAUGCAGAGGUUGGGGCCAUAUUUGACAGAGUUCUCACCGAGCUGGUCAGUAAGAUGAGAGACAUGCAGAUGGAUAAGACGGAGCUCGGCUGCCUCCGAGCCAUCAUCCUUUUCAACCCAGAUGCCAAGGGCCUGUCCAGCCCCAGUGAAGUGGAAUUGCUGAGGGAGAAGGUGUACGCAUCGCUGGAGGCCUAUUGUAAGCAGAGAUACCCGGACCAGCAGGGCAGGUUCGCUAAGCUACUCCUCCGGCUGCCAGCGCUGCGCUCCAUUGGCCUGAAGUGCCUGGAGCACCUGUUCUUCUUCAAGCUGAUUGGCGACACCCCUAUCGACACGUUCCUCAUGGAGAUGCUAGAGGCGCCCCACCAGCUAACCUAGGAACCAGGAUCUGCCCUGGUCCUUUUUGCACCAGGGGUUCUAGUUCCGGCACCCUUGUUCUGGGGCUUCACCGUGUCUGCUGGUUUUGACGUCCCUCUCACACCAACCCCACCACCCCUUCUUCACCCAUCAACCCCCCCCCCCCUCCAAGCUUAAAAACACACUUUUACCAACACACACAGAAACAACUUUUUCACAGUAGGGGUUAAGACACAUGGAAAUAUCUCCUUUUUAACCGCAUAUACAAGUAUUAUCAUGAGUUAGCCUUCAGUUGGUAGUCUCAAGCUUUGAGUGUAAACGCUUCUGCGAAUCCGGUAGACCUCUCAGCUUAUUGUGGGGUUCGUAGGUUAUUCAGAUACAUUACUGUGCGCAUAGAUAUGACGAGAGGCUUACUCAGUCUUAGGUUUUACUCUUGGAUUUACCCCAAACCCGUCAUGAUCAGGUGCGUAAUAUUUCAAUCAACGGUCACCCAACUUUCCCAGCUUCUAUUGGUCGGGACACAGCCAAUGGAGGCAGACACGCCUCUAUCAGUUCACCAAUCCGAAUGUGAUUUGAAUACUAUGCUUUAUUAAUGCUUAAAUGCGCUGAAUUCAUUCUGAAGUACUGUACUCAUAAAAUGAGACCUUUUUAAGGCAUUGAAAUCCAAGGAGGGGGCACUUUGUUUGGCCCUUCUUAAAGCGCACACCAGGCUUUCAAAGAAAAAAACUGACUUGUAAGAUGUUUUCUUUUGUUGAAUUUUGUUGUUUGGUCUCUUUAAGUCCAAACAAGGGCCAUUGGGCACAGGAGGUGCAACCUUGUUCAAGAGCACUGCGUUCAUUGGUGCUGUUGUAGAUGUUUCUUUUGUUUGAUACCCUCUACUUGCUAAUGGUCAUUUUUGCACUCUGUGAAACAUUACUGUGUAAGUAAACAUUUGUUGCAGAACCCCAUCUGCCCAUCUUUAAGAAACUGGGGUAACCACAACGAACCUCUCCCCAUCUCUCAUCAUAUGUCUUCUUAAGAGCCAAGGUGUUAAUGGCUGUGCUUCGUUCUGUGAAAUGGCCGUCCGUUCAAGAAACCAGGAUAUCGUUGGAUAUCUUGUUCUAUUGGUCUACUAUACCCCUACAACUUCUCUUCUGAAUCCUCAGCUUGUGUCAGUCAGUGCUUGCAGCCUCUUUCCGUUAACUUUUUACAAUAUGUAAAUAAGAUGACACAUCUACUCCUUCACUAGAGUACGACUGGGCAAUCCCAAUAUGUGCAUACAGUAGGGAAAACACAGGGGUUAGCGAGCAUGUUAGCACACACAACAAAAAGUAUGCCCCGAUAGCACGAGCUACAAUAUGAACAGAUUUUGUACACAUUCAAUAUGUACUGUAAAAAAAAAUUUUUUACCAAUAGACUGGAUUUUAAGCUUGAAAAACCCACCUCAUUGUCACUAACUAUUAGGUCGAUAGUAGUUGUGCUAGUAGUUCCGUCACUCUUGAUGUUAUGGUAUUCUUUCGGGCAACUGUCGGCAGGGUGAUAGACCCCGCCCCCUUAGGCUGGCCAGCCUCUGACAAUACGGCCUGUUUAUUGUGGAGCUGAUUGGCUGGCUUUUGCUGAUGACCGUGCCAGCCAUCUACUGCGACUGUAAUUGGUAUUACACAAAGCUAUGCACCAGGGGCCGAUCCAGCUCCCCAUAACAGAACUAGACGUCAACACAUUAGAUACAAACUUUGAACAUAAAUAUUAAAAGAGCAUCGUUACACACAACGUGAGCAAUAUUGGCGGAUGCAUAAAGAUUGAGACCAUAUUGUGGGCAUAGAAGGAUUUAGAUAUGUGGGUCGUUUAGGAAGUAUAUUUGGAGAUUGGUGUUAUUUACCAUUCAGAACAGAAAUUAGGAUGAAGAAUAGAGGUUGCUAUAUCACUUACUGGACAGAAGUUCAGCUGUCCUAAACAACUCAUGUGGUCUUACAAUUAUAGAUCUGCUGGUUUACACCAGAGGAGACUGGUGGUAGGCACUAUAGGAGGAUGUGCUCAUUGUAAUGGCUGGAAUGGAAUUUACGGAGCAAUUAGGGUUAAGUGCCUUGCUCAAGGGCACAUCAACAUAUUUUUCACCUAGUCUGCUCAGGGAUUCGAACCAGCAACCUUACGGUUAGUGGCCCAACUGUCUUAACCGCUAGGCUACCUGCCGCCCAUUCAAUGGAAUGCAGUCAAACACGUUGUUUCCAUGUGUUUUUAGUGUUUGGUACCAUUCCAUUUAUUCCAUUCCAGCCAUUACAAUGAGCCCGUCCUCCUAUAGCUCCUCCCACCAGCCUCCUCUGGUUUACACCAAUACAAACACAGUACACAAACAAAAAAUUAAGAGUGUGCAAGUACACACCUCCACCUUUUUCUCUCUUGAAACUGAGGUCUACUUAAAAUAGGAUUCCCACUCGGCUGUACUCUUUUCAGCCGAUCCCCUAGAUUCACUUGCAGUCAGCCCUUUCUGGCAAGAGAGGAACACCUCUCCCAUGUAAUGUGGAUAUGUAGGAUGAUACCUGUCUAACAGGGUGGCCUACUCCAAACCUGUGAACAGGCAGUGGGAGCACUGUAGACUAUUUACAUACCUGUCGGUUUAUGUAUGUCUAUGCAUGUGAACAUGCACAUGUUCUGUACCUCAGUGUCCAGAUUGUGAAUGUACAGAAUGCUUGUCGCAUCACGAUUUCAGAAUCAGUGGCUGCAGAAUAAAAUUAGCGAGUAGAACUCGAGGUCAGUCUAACGAAAUAGUUCCCACAGGGUAGACUAUCUUAUAUGUGUGCAUCCCCAAUGUGAACCAUAAUCUUGUCACGACGCUGGCAAAAGCCCCUCGUGCAAUUCCCUCAUGUUUUUUUUGAAGCUUCCUCAGUUGAAUAUGAACGCCUUUCAGUCUCCCAUUUCUUAACACUAGAAAAGCCUGGCGUCGAGUCAUUUUGACUCCCAACAUUCAACAGUCUAGUAAAUUAAUUUCAUAUAUGCUAUCGGAUAAAUAAUAUUUUGGUUGUGUUUAUGGAGGUAUAGGGUAACAUUAGAAUGGCAAAAAAAUAAUUAUUUCAAAGAACAAAAUUCCAUUUUCAUUAGUUUAUGUUACUGUAGGCUAUCGGUUGCCUCAUGCUCAAGUGUGGUUAUUAUUGGAAAAGUGAUAUUUUGAAAUAGAGCCAUUUUUGGAUACUAUAUAGAAAUCAAAACGUCUUACCUGCAUGUGACUGUAGGAGGAUUUGAAAAAGUCAGUUGUCGCUCCGAAAAAGACAUGACCUCUUUAAAACUGCUUAUAACACAAAUUAUGUUUGUGAUAUCGAAAUUCUAACAUGCGUGUGUUACAUAUACUUAUUUAGGACGGAGGGGGGCAUGACUUUAAAAAUGGUAGAGAUAUUUCAAUUUUAAAUUCAUAUUGAGUCAAAAUGACUCACUUGCCUCUUCUAAUGCUAAAACAGUGCAUUUAAAGUGAAUCCCUUGCUAUGCUGUGUCUUAUCCUAUACAAUUAAGUUUAACUAUAAGCAGAGAUGAUUUAGUACAGUAUACGUAUAACAGCCCUAUAAAAACUAUACAGGUUCUAUAAGCUAAGCAUUUUCAGGUUGUUCAGGCAGACAGUUUAUGAGAAGAAGAUUUUUUUAAACUGCCUGUACAGUAUGUUUAUGUGCCUGUGUUGAUAUGUCACUAUGUUGAGAUAGACCUUGGAGAUAGACUGCCGGCUUGCGGCCCAAAGACGCGUGUCCCUCGUGACCGCGUGCACUCAAGGCAGACGCGGGGACCUUUUCUUACAUUAAGUAUCUCCAACUUACUUUUGAAAUCACUUGCUUUAAAAAAAAAAUGCUUCUUUAUUCAACUUUUGGGGGCUGUGAAUCUGACAUGUAUUGGUAUCUAGCGGGUGCAAUACUUAUUUAAUAGGCACCCUGGUGCAAAGGUCAACUCUGUGAUGAUCAAACACCCCAUGCGGUUGGUUGGUUUGUGCCACCAUGUGAUGUAACACUGCCAAACAGGUGUGAAGGCCAGCGUUGGUGCUGUGCCACGCUGAGGUCCAAUGGCUGACUGUUGAGAGUAUUCAGAGUGUUGUGCCUUGUCACUAAAGAAGGCCCCUUUAUAAGCAAGGGGGGAGGCACUAGUCAGGGGGCGAACUUGAAGGCCAGUGGCCCCUAUGGUGCUUUUGCUGUGCAUUGGUGCUUUUUCUAAGAGUCGCCCUUGCUUUGAUUGCCAAGAGGGCAGAGAUACAAGCUAGGAACGUGUACAGAUAAUUUUGCUAUUUGGAUCACGGUUCCGUGUCCAGUGCAAACAGGAGUGUGUUUAUGUAGAAAAAUAUGCGUUGGACACUGACAGCAAACCUUGGCUUCAGCUGAGAAAAAAAAGUGGAGCCAAUGCAUUGAUCUCAAAGUUGCGUGCUGAAGUCACGCCUCUGGAUAGUGUCCCAUUACAUGGAUGAACUUGAGGGGAGGGCCAACUCAACAUGGUAGACGCCACUCUCAGAGGAGGAGAAUGCAUUCAAAGUGGGAGAAGUGCUUUGGGUGGGGCAUAGGGUGGUAGACUUUCACUUGAUCAGAUGUUGAUAUGUUGAUCAAGAGAAGCUGUUUUCUUUAGAUCUAGAGAUUACCUGUCAUUGACUACCGCCAAAAUACACUGCUUCUUUGGUGUGUUUGACUCCUUUGACCGCACUAUUAAUCUUUCUGUAUUCAGGAGUAUUAAAUAAAUGCAGAAACUGUUAUAACACGUGGGAUCUUAAGUUUACUUUUUCUCAUGUCUAUUUUUUGUCGCGUUUUUAUCUCUUGACUUCAGCAUACAUGUGGAAAUGAUUGACUAUUUUGUGUGUUUUGGGGAAAGAAAGCAAAUUGUUUUUUUUGUGUCAUUAAUUCGGAAUCUGUUCUGUUUGUUGUAUCAUGUCCGAGUAAAAGGUUUUAAUACUGUA